AUGCCCAUGAGUCCAACGCCAAUUGCUGGGCGUCUGGGCACGGCUCGGGGUUCGAUGACCAGCUUGGACGAGUCUGAAAAUUGUGGAUGCCAUGGCACAAUCAUCACGGACCAGGUCCUCCUCACGUAUGGCUGCACCUGGUCUGGGCAUUGGCGACAAGAGGUGGCAUGA